AUGAGAAAGUUACGACAAUGGAGUCAAGAUUGCUUUGCAAACAUAACUCAAUUUACAGGAAGGUGCAACAAGAAUGAUAAUAAGAAUUCAAAUCUUAAAUCAGAAUCGACUUAUGAUGAAAGAAAUUUCCCGACAAAAGGAAUCUCAACAAUUUCAUCAGCAAUACGUGAACAGAAAAUUGACCCGAAAAAAGAUAAUUUCGGACUUUAUGCUUUGAAAUGCGACAGAAGGAAUAGCACAGCAAAUGCACGUCGAGGAAUUCUUUUGAAUCUUUCUUCAACUAACAAAGUUAGAACGAAAGUUGAAAUCAACAGUUUUCAAUCUGUUGAACAGAAACACGAAGUUUUCCAAUCGUGCGAGAAACUAAUGAAUGCAAAUGGGGUCAUGUACGAUGAUGCAACAUGUUCCGUAAGCGGAAGUGAACAAAAUGUUUCAAUUGCACCACCACCGCCUCCCAGAAGAAAGAAGCGACCACCAACAGUUCAACAAAUUAACACAAAUUCAAAGCCAAUAAAAAAAUUGAACAUAAAACAAGGAAGCCAAAGUUUCUUGAAGUCAGAUUCCAUCGACAAGAAUGAGAGUGGACUUUAUAGAAUUGUAACAUCAAAUGCAGAAGUUGCAAAGUUUUCAAUCGAACAACCGAGAGAAGAAGAACAUGUCGUGAUGGUAGUAAAGACAAAAGUUCAAAAUGCUAUAGCAACGAAAGCAAAACCCGUGCAGCAACAAGUGGCAAAGGUCAAAUCUUAUGAGUUCAACAAACACCAACGAACUUCAAGCAUUGGAGACAUUCCUAAGCCACAUUUUACGAAGCGUAACAUGUCUGGUGACAUAAGUGGUUGUUCAUUUAAGUCAGAACAUUCAAUUGAUAUCUUUCAAUCUAAUAAAAUAAUGGACCAACGAAAAGUAUUCGAUGAAUUUGACAUUCUGUUUGAUAACACGAAGAAAGAAUCUUGUGAGAAAAUGUCUGACCGCUCAGAAGAUGCUACAGAAGCAUCUGAGAAAGUUAAUUCAAUAAAAAAUUUAUCUUCAUCUCUAUCGUCUUGUAGCGAUAGUGAAACAGACGACAAUAUUUAUCCCCAAACGUCAAAAUUUAUCGUACCGAUAAAAUCAGAAAUUACAGAGGAAAAUUUCACCAUGAAAACUGUUUCGGAAGCUGAGAACGCUUUGGUGUCAUCACCACCCACCGCAUCACCAACAAGAAAUGAAGAAAUUUCUUCAAAACCAAAAAUCGUUUAUGAGCAACCGAAACAACCACGGAAUGUUGUUAAAAAGAAAAUUAUUUAUUAUGAUGACAAAGAAGAGCUGAGGCAACUUAUCAUGAAUCAAAGUCAAUCGACAACAAUUAUUAACAAUCAUUACAACUCAACAUUAUUCCCAAAAGCGGAAGAACAACAAAGUGAUAAUAUUCAAUUUUUAUCCGAGGGCAAAAUGCCAAUAAUCUUCACUCCUAAGAACAUUAAAGAUUCACCAGACCAACAGUUUGGUAUGAAUGGUAACGUCAUUACUUCUGGAGAUUAUCAAGAUUCAAACAUUAAACAGAAAUCAAAAAACAUGACAAACAGCAACAGCCUUCGAAUCUUUUCAAAUAAGGAAAAUUUUGUAUUCAACUUGUAA